CGUUUUUGUUUUCUUUCCAUGUCUCGUCAUUUCUGUAAAUUACUGUCGUGUACCUUUCUUUUCUGUCAAUACUUGAUAAUAGAAAAAAAAACAAAGAGCACACACAGACACAUUGAAUAGUUUUCUGUACUUUAUAUUGAUAGCGACAAUGAGACACAAGAGAAUGUCAAUGCACUAGUCAACUCUUCUUGAAGCAUCUAGUGGCGUAGCCAGAAUUUUGCUGAUGUCGGGGCUGAGCCCUUUAUAGCCAACAAUGUGUCUUUGAAACGAAGGUUCACUAUUUCAAGAUAAAAUUGUUAAUCUGCCCAUAUAUCAUAUACAUCUAUUCAGUUGUUCAUGAAAACAGAAAAACCACAAAAACAUCAUAAUGAAGCUAUUUUAGCAUAAUUCUCCUGUUCGGAUGACGCUGACUGAAAAUUGCAAAGAGAAAAAACUUAUAUAAAUGUUUUGCUCUUAUAAAUGUUGGAGUAAUAAACAUGCAUUUCACUCACUUAUAUCGACAAAACUGGAGAAACGAUUUAAUCCUGAUAAAUUGUACUGUUUUAACGCAAUAAAAUUUCAUUGAAAGUGUAAUCCCUGUUAAAUCUUAUUGCCAGCUAAUCCUUUCAAAUAUCAUUCGAUCGUUUAGUUGCCUAGUCAUUAAAUGACCGAUUAGCUGAAUGUUGAUCUUGUGUUUCUUGCUCGUAGAUACAUGGAUUCAUCCUAUCCAAACAACAUAUUUACAUCGUGAAUCAUACAAAGGCGAUGUAAUUUAUCAAAUGUUGAAAAUUGGAAAAUAUACUGGGUGGUGAUUUUGAGAGUAUUCGCCAAAAUUUGCCCUAUUUGAAAGAAUUAGGUAUUACAGCUUUAUGGAUAUCAGCACCAUAUGAUAAUAAUAAUAAAAAAGUUGUCUAUAAUGAUGUGCCCAAUACAGCUUAUCAUGGUUAUUGGGCUAGAGAUUUCAAGCGACCAGAGGAACAUUUUGGUACUUGGGGUGAUUUUGAUGCUCUCGUGCAUGAUGCACAUUCACUUGAUCUAAAAAUUAUUAUAGACUGGGCACCGAAUCAUACAGGUCCUGCUGAUCCAUUAGAUACAUCAUUUGCUGAACGUGGUGUUCUUUAUGAUAAUGGUCGUUUUGUCGGUGACUAUGUCAAUGAUACACGUCGUUUAUUUCAUGACAAUGGAGGUAUUGUCGACUGGAAUGAUCGUUAUGAAAGCAAAUACAUGAACAUUGCUGACUUAGCUGAUUUGGUUCAAACAAAUGCAGAAGUUCAUCAUUUGUUACGUGAUUCAUUAGAUCUAUGGCACAACACGAUAUCGAUGGCAUUCGUCUAG